AAGAAAAAAUGACUCGUUAGAUUCGAUUAACUAUCGAUGCCUACAUCUAGUUCGGUUUUAAUGCAUGAACAAACCAAACAAGGCGACGUUUUGUAGGCAAAAGGAAAGGGAGUGAAAAACCAAACGAAUCUCGGCGCAUUCACUAUUCUGCUCUGCGUCUAUGGUAACAACAGAUGGACUCGCUGCGCCUGUGUGCCACUGCCGGAGUCGACAGUGCAUUUGUUGGUGAGGGAACGACCGCAAAGGCGGAAGAAGGCGCAUCAGCAGUCAGAUUGGAAGCUAACUGGUUGUUGCAAGAUGCUUGUAAACGACAGUUAUCUGCACGGGAUUUAACAAUUAGCCAACUUUCAAGUUUGAGCACCUGAAUGGAGCAACAAGUCCUGAACCAAGAUUUAGAUUAAAAAAUAUAUAUAUAUUCAACACAAGCUCAGAUAAGACGGAUAAUGGCGAGCAGAAGAAAAUCAACAACGCCUUGCAUGGUCCCUCCUGUUCAAAUGGUGGAUUCAGACCCUGACAUGGAGGUCGUUACAGAGGGAGAGGCUGAGGGGGCCGCUAACUGUCCUGUGGAAAACUCAACUGAAAGCAUCCCGAAUGAGGAGGACUCACAGGCCAUCGACCACUUCAUUAAAACUAUGGACUCGAGUACGGCAGAAGGAGGUUAUGAGUGCAAGUACUGCAGCUUUCAGACCUCACAGCUCAAUAUGUUUACCUUGCACGUGGACACUGAGCACCCAAAUAUAGUUCUAAACUCAUCUUAUGUGUGUGUUGAGUGUGACUUUCACACCAAGAGGUAUGAUGCAUUGUUGGAGCAUAAUGCACGCCACCACCCUGGAGAAGACAAUUUCACCAGGACUAUGGUGAAACGUAACAAUCAAACCAUCUUUGAGCAGAGAGUCAAUGACUUGACCUUUGAUGGCAGUUUUGUUAAGGUUGAGGAGGAUGAGGACACAUCCUGUAAGGGUAUUGCCCUAAGCAAAACGCCAAUCAUGAAGAUCAAGAGUAGGGCGGAGGCCAAGAAGUUUACAGGGUCACACAAAAUGGCAGAUUACAGUGUCAUUAAAGUGGAGAGUGAUGGGGAGGAAGAGACGGAGGAGGUGGUCCCCCCUCCUGUCACCCCCAAUGUAGUGGCUGUGUCGACCCCUCUGACCAUUCAACCUAUUCAGCAAAGCAUAAUGAUCAACAGCCCAAACGUGCUCCAAAUAAAGACUAGUAACUCAGCCACAAUGCUCCCCCCAGGGACAUUGGCUCAAGUUCUGUCUGCCUUACAGAAUCAGCAGACCUCCCAGACCCAGCUCCUCAUCCCGGUCAGUAGUAUCCCCACAUACAAUGGGGCCAUGGACAAUAAUGUCCUGCUGGUCAGCGCCUACAACAGGUUCCCUUACCCAUCUGUGUCAGAAAUCAUGGGUCUAGCAGCCCAAACCAAGUUCACAGAGGAGCAAAUAAAGGUGUGGUUCUCUGCUCAGCGGCUGAAGCACGGUGUGAGCUGGACCCCAGAGGAGGUGGAGGAGGCCAGGAGGAAGAAGUUUAAUGGCUCAGUGCAGGCGGUGCCACAGACCAUCACUGUCAUCCCAGCCAAUUUUGCAACAGCAGCCAAUGGCCUGCAGUCCAUCUUUCAGACUUGUCAGAUUGUAGGGCAACCAGGGAUGGUUUUGACUCAGGUAGGGGGUGGCAACGCUGUCCCUGUGGCCUCACCCAUCACGUUAGCUGUAGCUGGGGUCCCCAACCCCAGAACCAGUGUCAGUAAGGUGCCAGAACCCUCCACCUCUGAGACUGCUUCUCCACUCAGUCCCGAUUCCCUGGGAGCGCGACCUAAAAAAUCCAAGGAGCAGCUAGCAGAGCUGAAGGCCAGUUACCUAAGGAGACAGUUUGCCACUGAGGCAGAAAUCUCUCGGUUGAUGAAGGUCACUAACCUCACCAAAAGAGCAAUAAAGAAGUGGUUCAGCGACACACGCUAUAACCAACGCAACUCAAAGGACCACCACGGCGUUGCCUUAAAUGACAUUUCAGUCAGCGCCAACAGUAAUGACGGCAGCAGCAGCACAGCCAUUGUGAUCGACUCCAGCGACGAAGCCAGUGAAUCCUCUCCGACAACCCAAGGGCCCAUUUAUGAUCCACGAAUCAAGUUCCGCCACGCCUUUCCUGACUUCACACCUCAGAAGUUCAAGGAAAAGACUCCGGAGCAGCUUCUGCUUUUGGAGGCCAGCUACCAGACGUCUGACACACCUAGCGAUGAGGAGCUAAGUAGGCUUAGGAUGGAGACUAAACUGACUAGGCGAGAGGUGGACGCCUGGUUCUCCGAGAGGAGAAAAAUGCCAGUGGACUCUGAUGGCACAGAGGAGCCGGAGAGUGAACGGAUCAAAGCGCCUUCCUCUGGGCAAGAGGCUCAGACUCCACCCAGCGGCCGAAAGAUAAUGAAGAAAACCCCAGAGCAGCUCCACGUCCUGAAAAGCACCUUUGUUCGUACCCAGUGGCCCUCUGCUGAAGAGUACGACAAGAUGGCAGAGGAGAGCGGGUUACCCAGAACCUACAUUGUUAACUGGUUUGGAGACACCCGGUAUGCCUGCAAGAACAGCAACCUGAAGUGGUACUACUUGUACCAGAGUGGAAAAGUUAACGAGGCAAUGAACGGAGGUGAACUUAAGAAGAAGCCACGGAAACGCUUUCGAGGUUGGUCCAGGAGGACGAGGCGGCCAUACCCCUGCAAACAAACAACCCCUGCCAUCAAAGUCAAGACGGGUAAAGAGAUUUUAAAGGAGCACUACCUCAAGCAUAAGGUCUUAAAUGAGAAAGAUUUGGAUGAACUGGUGGCCAAGUCCAGUAUGAGCUAUGAGCAGGUGCGGGACUGGUUUGCGGAGAUCAGCAGGAGGGAAGAGAAAGGCCUUGACCCUUUCAGUGACGGUGAAGAGGAGACGCAUGGCGACAGUGAGGCAGAGAUGGAAGUGAAAGAGCAAGGGGAUGUCGUCACUGAUGAAAAAAAUAAUGACAACGAUAACAAAGAUGAUGAAAAUAACAAUGAUGAAGUUGAUAAUAAUGACAAUGAAACCACGGAAGAGCCUCAAUGUAUCGAGCAAUCACAGCCGGAGUCAGAGGAUCAGUGAUUAAAGAAUUCACAAUGUUUGCCUACAGAAAAGGAGAUGAAAAACACAGGUGAAAUGUACUAAGUGUUUGUGUUAUACUGCAUGGACCAACCAGACACAAAGAAACAAGAGAAGGUGUAUGAUGCCAAAUAAUUUUAGCAAGGAAUAAUAGAUACAUACAGUAUGUUUUACCUUUGUUUAAAAUACUAUUUGGUCUUUUGGGACAUUUUAGUCAUAUUUGACCUUGCUAUCUUUACUAAAUCCAAGACAUGUCAAUGAGGUUAAACCUCACCUUUUUCUUGUAGGUUAUGUGAUAACAUUGAACCGUUUUUUUAAAUUGUGAAAUUGUGUCAAGGUUCAAGGGAAUUUCCCAUGUAUUUUCUUUGAUGUACUGACAAAACGGUUUUUAAAACCUCACAGAUUUGUGAAUAUUACUUAAAUCAGUGCCAUCUGUUUUUGGGUUAUGUUUUAAAUGGAACCAGUGCUUUAGUUCUACAAAACUGUUUUUAUAUGUAUUCAAGUUCUUUGUUAGUCUUAAAUCACAAAAUAUGGAGUAAGCUUGGUUAAUAUUAUGCUCAGUUUUUUGGGGUGUCCUUUUUUGUGUGUUGGCUUUCCAAAUGAAAAAGGCAUGUGUGCUGUAAUUCAGGACUUAGUAAACAUUACCUCAGUCUUUUAAGCUAUGAGUUGAAGAAAGUGACUGUUCAUUUUAGAUGCGUUAUAAAAAAUACACAUGAAACAUCUUCAUUCACAAUUUGCUUCAGAUGGCAGUUUUUUUUCUAAAGUAAGUAACUUGUGCUUUCCCCCCCCCCCAAAUUACGGGUUAAAAUCUUUCAGGUGUACAAUGACAAUAUAUAUAGAGUGAAGAUACCACAAGCACUUGGUAUGGUUCCUUUAUAAAUCGAGAGCCAAUUUUACUUCAGUUAACUUUUUAAACUUUUUUCCUCUGCUUAUCUUCCUCUUAUCUUCAAGGACUAUGCUAAAAUCUGGAUGUACAGGUUAUAUGCAACUGUACAUCAAAUAACAAUCAAUUGAGGGUGAUGGUGAAUUGUAAAUUAUUGUUUUGGUUCUCUGUUUUUAGUAGACAGAGAACCUUAUAAAUUCUGUACUAUGAUAAGCCUUUUGCCAUCCUUAAUUGCUGUAAUAAUUGACAUGUAUGAUUAGUCUAUUUAUUAUAUCUUUCAUGAAUACUUUUUAUCCGAAGCUAAAAUAAACUGUCAAGAAAAUGUAUUUAGUUUCAGACCAGUGGUUUUGCAGGGAAGAAACAGAUUUUUAGUAGUCAAUGUCAAGCUAUAGGAAAACUGCAACUAACUGUAAGCCUUUGAGAUCAACUAAAAUACUAAAUGUAUCAUUUGUUUUACAGUCAGACAAUACAUUUUGUUUCUGACAUGCUUCUUAUUAGUGUGGACAACACUGCCCCCUGAUUUUUGACUUUUGUGCAAUUAUUGUUCGAUCUACUACAAACUCAACAUGAGUAUUGAUGCAAUUGCGUUCCACAAUUUGUCUUAACUGACAUGCCAUUUCAGAAGUAUUUUAAUAUAGACAUCUACGCAGCAAAACAUACUUGAGGGAAAUAUGAUUUUAAUAAGAUAUUGGAUGUCAUUAUUUGAA